UGCUCACCGACAUUGUCCCAGUCGAUACAGUCCGCGACAGCAUAUCAGGCCGCCCGAACCCGCUGCCGCUGCGACUCAGCGCGCUGCCUGCGGUUGUCUGUAAACAUCAUGUCCAAAAAUACAUUGGCACCCUUCAGGUCUCGGUGGAUCACGCCACGGAUCAUGGAAGUACUUUACGCCCUCCACUAUCGCUCGGAACAGCCGGAUGUUCAGAAUCGGGUCAAUAAGCCUGUCAUGCUCCAGCACGCUGAUCCACGGACUCGCCAUCGAUUGUAUGCUCAUCGCCCGCUCGUGCCGCUCAGCUAUGCGCUAGAUUGCGCUGGCUCAGGUACUCUUGCAGUGUCGUCUGGCACAGCUGCAUCUGCACAAACAAUGUUGUCUCCACCACGAAAUUUUGCGCGAAAUCCAGCCCGCCGCUCUGGCUCGGCAUCGACCGUGGGAUCACCCCGGGUCCCAUGCUGUAGUUCGAGUCCACAUCUAGAAGCGGCUGCCCCUGCGGAUUACUCAGCCGCGAUCCCUGCCGCCGAUGCUGCCGGCCGAUACUCCUGCGAGCGGCCGCUUGAUCGGAAUUGGCUGCGGCGCUUGAUGAUGCUUGCCGGCCCAAUAUCUUCCUGGCCCCGACUGCAGUGAGCUGAACUGCCAUGCCCCUUGUUGCUUGGACAAGUGUCCAGAUGAGCUGCUCUCGGGCCAUUGCAUCUUAAACACAGACUCGUCCUCCUCGAAUGAGACAAUAUCAAGCUCAGACUCGGCGCAGUCGCACCCGGCGUCAUCAGCAAACACGACUCCAUCGCUGCAGCUGCUCAGACUGUAGUUGCUUUAGCUCCUCAUCGCCAUUGCCAUC